AUGGGCAUCCAUGCUGUUAGCGUCAUGCUAGAGGCUCUUAAUAGAGAUGCCCAACAUGCUACUAUCGCCAAGUUCAUUCAAAAUGAACUUGACGCAGAACGCGAGAAAUUUGAACUGUUGAGACAGCAGCAGGCUGCUGCUGGUGGGUCGAUGCACUCGCGUCGACCCGAGACUUUGAAGAUUGACAUCUCCAAGUAUAGGGGGGUCGAAGAAGACUCCCUCUUGAGAUGGUUCGUCGAAUUGGAUGACGCCAUAAAGGCGCGUCGCAUCGACGACGGGGAUAUGCAAGUUGCAUUUGCCCAGUCAAAUCUGGCAGGACGUGCCAAGACUUGGGCACUGGGGCUCAAGUUGCACGACCCAUAUGCGUUUGGGUCGUUGGAAGUCUUCAAGUCGCGGCUCAGACAAACGUUUGAACCGCCUAGAGCUGAGUUCAGAGCUCGAACCGAACUCUUGAAGCUCAAGCAGGGUAAGCGUGAUGUACACGCUUACGCUCAACACAUACGACAUCUCACGAGUUGUAUAAGUUCCAAUCCGGUGGAUGAACACACGUUGGUUUCGGUGUUCAUGCAGGGUCUUGCGGAUGGUCCCGUCAAGACUCACCUGUUCCGGCUUGAACUAGAUUCACUAGAACAAGCCAUUUCCAUUGCGGAGCAGGAAGACUUCAGUCUGAGACAGGCUCGCGCCAGCUCGACAUCAUAUCGUCAACCGAGACGAUAUGACAACGGAGGUCCAGAGCCGAUGGAACUCUGUUAUGUAGAGAGCGAGAAGGCUCGCUCUACAGGCUACAAAAGGGUGGAGAGAGGCAAAAAAUAUCCAAAGACAGGACACUACGCUUACGAGUGUAGUGCCCCUCGUCCAGUGUCUCGCGACACUGGGCGUAGUGACCGUCCACCCAUGAGAAAGGGGCAGGGACGAGGGUCCGCAGUUGGUGCAAAGACGCAACAACGGGAUGGACCGUCAAAAAACGGACAGGAUCAGUAG